AUGACUAUAAAUAUUGAACUAGAUCUGCCCAAGAGUAGAAAACACAAAAACAGGAGAGACAGGCAAGGGUUGGUCCUAUUGGACGCAGAAUUUGAGAUAUUAAAGACCAAACCAGUUGAAAACCAGGAAAACGAAGAUCAAGAGGUAAAAGAAGCUGUUUGUGACAUAUUAACACUAGAAAGGCAGAGAACACCAUCUACCUCUAAAAAACAGCAUGUAUUUUCAGAGGCCAUUCAAAAUUUACAUCAGGGAUAUCCUUCAACAGGUCCAAAGAUAACAUGCAAGAGAAGACGAAGGAACAGGCAACAGGGUGAUAUAGCUGACUUUUUAGGUGAUUCUGUCAACAGUUAUGAGCCCUCCUUUUACAAAUUGCCCAAGAAAAGACAAAAAGACACCGCUUCCACUCCCACUGAAGAUAACAGUCCCAAGAUAUUGCCGGGGAAAAAAAGGCUUCUUCUGGAAAAACUGUUUGGUCCGUACCGCAUCUUGAGUAGCAAUGAUCCAAACUCUAAUUUAAGCAUGGAGGGUAAGGGUGGAAAAACAAAUCUUCACCCAGUAAGAAAACCCCAUGAUGAGGUUUGAUAGACAAAUGAUGGCUUGCAUUGGGUGAUUCCAGUCAAGCCCAUAGAACUAGUAGAUAUUAGAUGCUGGAUAGUAUUAGUACUAGGAGAUAUUAGAUAGCAGAUGUUAGUAU